AUGACGAGAGAAGUUAACAGCAUUCCACACGUCAAUCGUACCGCCAACGAGCCUCGUGACCCGAAUCUGCAUUCUCUCCGCCUUGCUAAAAUCGACGAAAUAAAUGCCACCACCCGGCUGUUCAAGCUACGUGCCUCAGGUAACGGAGUCAAGUUCCUCCCCGGUCAAUGGCUUGAUGUCUAUCUACCGGGAGUUGAGCAAGCCGGAGGAUUCACUAUUACCUCAUCACCGGUACAUGCUACUCCACCAGCCACCGCCUCCGAUUCAGCUCUGAAUAUCGAUCCAAGUCCGGUUGAGCAGGAGAAUGCGACGGUCCGUCCUUAUCUGGAGCUGGCAGUCCAGAAAAGCCCAAACGCACCGGCAGCGUGGCUCUGGCGGCCCGAGUCCGAGAUUCUUGGUUCGGCCAUUGAGGUUCGAGUGGGUGGUAGCUUCGUAUGGCCUCCGCCGCCCUUUGCAAAAUCUGGUCAAGAUAUCCAGAAGGCUGUUUUCAUCGCCGGAGGCGUGGGAAUCAACCCUUUGAUUUCCAUUAUAUCGCACCUGCACCACACGCACAGCAUGCCCCGGUCGGUGGAGUUCAUCUACACCACCAAAGUUACGGAUGGCAAAGUGCUUUUCGCUGAUCGGUUAAUGCACAUGGCCUCAAACAGACGGGAUCGUUUGAAGUUGAGAUUCUUUUUGACAGGCGGAGCAGGUGGAAGCGGGCACAGCUUUCCGGAGGCGCGAUUGGAAGACGCAACAGUCUCAUUGAAUUACCGACGUCUGACUCCGAAAGACAUACUUGAGGCCCUGGGAGAUGCACAGGGAGGACAAACGCAGGGGCUAGGCGCCGAUCGAGUGCUCUGUGAGAAGUGGUGGUAA